AUGUUUCAGCUUCCCAUUCCCUCGCUGAAGUCAUUCAAGCUUUUUUCAUUUGAGAAACAGGUGAUCGAUAUUCCGUCGAUCAAGGUGUAUGACCUUGAGAGCGCACAAGAGAAGCCAGCUCGAGCGCUGAAGCAUUUGCUCAAGUUGAACCAUGCCAAUUUUGCCAUUUUAUACAAUGCACGGAAAUUUCAUAACCAUGCCCCUCAUCUCCUCAGUGCUGCUUUCUUGCAGGGUGCCGACGCAGAGGAUCUGACCCGAUUAUAUGAGAAUGAGUCCAAGUUAUUAGAUGAAUGGGAAGAUGCGCCCGCCGAGGUGACUACUUAUGAUUGGAGGGAUCAUCUAGGACGCCGGGAAUACGAAAAAGCUUUCGUGGAUUUCUUUGAAGAUGAGCUGGUCAGAUUUGGGUAUGACUGGAAACAGGUCGUUGAGGAAUAUCUUUUCUCGGGCAAAGAGCCCGUAUUCAACUCAGUCAUAGCAGACUUGGGGCAUCCAUUAAUUCAUCUCGCCUAUGCUUAUGAGAUGUCCAGUCGAGAAGUCGCAAUGGAGGCACUAAGCCUAGCGGCAGUGUGCUACAACAACAUCCACAACUAUUUGGACGAUCCGGUCCCUAAUAAAAUCGAAGCAUCCUAUCAUACAACAUCGGUCUUUGAAAUAUUCGACAAAGUCCGAUCUGAUAAGCAACUCGACGGACUUUUUGUCACACCGGGUGACCAUAAUAUCGAAAAGCUAUUUAGCAACCGAGAAGGGGUUCUCUUGAACCACUGGAACGCAUGGACACUCGAGAACCCGAUCGAGCAGUUCCGUGAAAGUCAGGAGCUAGCCGCCGCACUACUAGUUUCGACACACCAGGACCCCUCGACAAAGUACGACUUUUUCCUUGUGCACGUCUUAACGACCAGUCAUGCUGUCCGGGUCUUGCUACCUCUAAUCCCACCGAAAUUCCAGGUCCCGCUCGUUCGACAAUGGUGGCUGAUAACCUUGGCGGUUUACAUUGCCCAGCUCCGACCUGAGACACCGCUAGAGAGCAUUCAGAAUGUCGACUUGAAAGGAAGAGACUGGGACUGGGUUUCCGAGCAAGCUGUCAAGGGAGAAAAUUCUACAGAUACACACUAUGUCAAAGCGCUCCGAUCGUUACGGGAGAUGGCCUCGACCUGGGGAGAUCAUGACGAAUUUUUCCUUAAAGCUGCCGUGAAGUUUGCAGAAGAGUUUAGUGGAUGGGGUGGAUUUGUUUGA